AUAAUCAGCAACGUUACAGAAGUUGAUUAAAAAAUCACUUGUGAUUACGGGAACUUUUUUUUUUUUUUUUUUUCAACCUCUUCUUUUCGCUUCCCACAAUCACCCGACUUGCAAAAAUUCCCGCCUGUAAAUUUCUGAAAUCUCAUAUCUUCGAAGCUAGUCACCAGAAUCCAUGGCUAUCGGAGUUAUCUUCCUGCUCUUCAUCGGGUUUACCUCUUCCUCCUUCGUCUUUGCCGAUGAACUCGCAUUAGUUGUUGAUCAGUCCACUGCAAUGCAGAUAGUCCCAAGUUUGCUUGUGAGAAAUUCACCUGGUUCUAAGUUCAGUGCCACUGUUGCUGAAAGAGUGCAUAUAUAUGGCUUGUCAAGGAUGAGAAAUCUCAAACAAUUUUCCCAUUCCGUGACAGUGAAAGUUCUGCACCUAAAUUCUAGUCUUCGCCAACCAAUUUUUGAAAUAUGUUUCCACAGGAAUCUGUCUCUUGGGGUAGGAAUGUGCUCUUCAAGUCAGUGGCAAAAGGUUUCAAAGGGAUCAUGGGCUCAACGGAUGUCACCUUUUGACCACAAACUUUUAGAUAUACGGAUGGCUCAUUCAUCUUUGGGAACAUUGGAGUUGACCCUUCAAAAAGAUUUUUCUGCAUACCGUGUUGUGUUUUUGGUUCUGGGUACGCUGUUGAUUACACUGGCUCCCACAUUCAGCGAGUCUUUGAUAUUCUACUAUAGCAGUGCCAUGGCUGUUGGAAUCAUCCUUGUGGUACUAAUUGUCCUUUUCCAGGGAAUGAAGCUUCUUCCUACUGGUCGAGGAAGUCCUCUUGCUAUUUUUAUAUACUCGUCUUUUAUUGGUGUCGGGUCUUUUCUUCUCAGCUACGUGCCACGUUUGCUGCGUUCGAUGCUUACAGAGAUGGGUAUCAGCGAGGACAUGUACAAUCCUCUGGCAAUAUUCUUGUUGCUGUUUAUUGCACUUGUUGGAGCAUGGUUGGGCUUUUGGGUUGUUCACAAAUUAGUUCUCACUGAAGAAGGAUUGAUCGAUACAACCGUUUCUCAAUUUGUGGUCUGGUCAAUCCGGAUUUUGGGUGCUGUUAUGAUCCUGCAGUGUUCUUUGGAUCCUCUGCUGGCAGCAGAAGCAUUUGUGUCUGCUAUUUUCAUAUCAUCAAUUUUGCGCAAGGUUAUCAGACCAAAAGUGCUACGUAGACUUUACAGGAAAUUACGAAAAGCAGUUGCAAGAAGUCACCAGAAAUCGAGCGACCAUGAUUCAUCCCCAACUGAUGGUAAUUAUGUAGAGCAUGUCAGAAAGUCCCAAUAUUCUCAAGAUAUGUUCCUCAGCCCUCCAUCCAGAUGCACCACACAGGCUACCUACAAUUCUACUGUCAAAGGGUCAUCCAAGAAAACUCCUUCCCCACUUACAGAAUCCGACACCUUCUACUCUACCUAUCAUAACACCCCAGAGAGGAGGAAAAUUUCCGAUGACGAGUGGAAAUCAGUGACCAAAGAAUGCACAAGAAAAGGAUUAGAAGAGCUGGUUUCUUCUCCUGAAUUUAGCAGAUGGGCUGUAACCCAUGCCGAAAGAAUCACAUUAGCUCCGACUGAGAAGGAACACAGUCAGACUAGGGGAUGGUUCUCUUGGUUCAGGUAGGUUGGAGGAUACGAACUAAUUAGAAGAUUGUGGAGGAUUUUUGUUCACCAAAUUCAGAAGCAGCUAACUAACUGGGAUGUGGUUUUCAUUAGUAUUGACUUGGAAUUAUGGAUUCGGGAAUGUCUUCUUUAACUUCACGUCAUUAGCUAUCGCACAUAAUCUAGUAUGUACUUAGUAUUUUGUACAUUCAUUUGCUAGUUGACCUCAUUGGAUUUCAGGAGUGUGUACUGUAGUGUACUAGUCACUAUUGUAUACUGGACAGUGUUUAGGCGUUUUCUGUAAUCCUUGGUUAAUGACACUAUGACUGUAACUUCUGCUA